CUCCGCUGUCCUCCAUCCCGUCCCGGUGGUCAGUGAGUAAAUACUAUAAUUACAAUACUCAACUUAUUAACUAUUAACGUCUCAUAAUAACAAUCAUUCAUCCGGAGCAAAUAAAACUGGAUCCCUCCUCUCCCUCCGACGGUCACUCAUCACUCGAAUCCAUACCUAUUAGAGAGUUUUCUCUCCCCACUUCCUCUCUUGUCGCAAUCGCCCCCCGUCUACCGUCCUUUCUUCUUCUUCCUUGCCUUCCUGAUAAUCCCCAACCCCUCCUCACACAUCUUCAAUUCUCUUCCAUCCUCCUCUCCAGACGAGCUGUGAAACUGAUCUAGACCUUCUUUCAAUUCAUUCUUUACCACUUCUUUCAUUCGUUUGUUGGAGACUAGACAACACCCCCCGCUAUCGAAUAAACACCACCCCCACCGCAUCCGGCUUCUUGUUCCCACUCUUAUCUGCAGGACAGAUCCAUUCCUCCCCACAACUCGAGAACUCGAGUCGAAGCUUCUAAACGACCGAUUCGACCUACUCGGAAUUUCAAAACUACAACAUCCUCAAUCCAUAACAAUCGCUCACCAUGAACGUCAACCGCAAGUUCGACCGUUUCAGGCAAUGGGCCGGCGAGAGAAUGGGCGGCGAAGUCAAGACGAAUCUCUCCGACAACUUCAAGGCCAUGGAAACGGAAAUGAAUGUCCGACAUGAUGGCGUUGACCGCAUACACAAGUCGAUGACUGGCUAUGUCAAGUCCAUUUCGAAACGCAACGAAGGCGAUGACAAGGAGAAGACCCUGCCGAUUGCCCAUCUGGGCUCUAGUAUGAUUAGCCACGGGGAGGACUUUGAUGGGCACUCCGAUUAUGGCCGUUGUUUGAUCACUUUUGGAAGAACGGAGGAGCGCCUCGCGCGCGUCCAGGAGUCCUACAUUGCGCAGUCGAACUCGAGCUGGCUCGAGUCGCUGGAGCGGGCCUUGACACAGCUGAAAGACUACCAGUCUGCUCGGAAGAAGCUUGACAAUCGACGAUUGGCGUACGAUACCUCUCUGUCCAAGAUGCAGAAGGUCAAGAAGGAGGACUUCCGCAUGGAGGAGGAGCUUCGAACCCAGAAGAUUAAGUACGAAGAGGCCAACGAGGACGUGUAUCGGCGCAUGAUGGACAUCAAGGAUUCGGAGGGAGAACAUGUGAACGACUUGGAGGCAUUUUUGGACGCGCAGUUGGAAUACCACGAACGGUCUCGCGAGGUACUCUUGCAGCUCAGAAAGGAAUGGCCGAGCAGCCAAUCUGCCUCCUACCCUCCAAACGGUCGUCGCGCGGGACGCCCUCGUUCGAACACCGCGCAUUCGUACCAGGAGCGCUAUGAACCGGUGCAGGAGGAACUCGUCAACGCCAUGGAGUCGCGACCUAUCAUCCGAUCCAACCGGGAAACCUCCCCUGUCUAUUCUGUCGACCCGACGCCGCAGCGACCGAUUGCGGUGCGAACCUCCACCUUCGAAGGGCCCAUGCAACUGCGCCAGGAGCAGGCAUGGCCGUCCCGCACCGUCAGCGAGAACUACGGUCCCCCGCGGCCUGUGAGCCGGGUGGUCACCGACCCGUACAUGGAUCCACCCGACAGCGCCGGUCAGUACCGGUCGAAUGGCGGCAGUCCGGACAGGUCAUACUACGGACGGUCGAUUUCGCCCACCCCCUCAUAUGGUGAUGCCAUGUCCCGACGGACCAGUUCGAACACGUUGAAUGGGGCCACGCUGGCCAAGAAGGCGCCUCCCCCACCGCCACCGUCGCGCGCGAAGAAACCGCCGCCUCCGCCUCCGAUGAAACGGCCGAUCCUCAGUGCGACCGAGGUAUAGGGGAGGUCAAGGUAGUGGGUUGGAGUUGUUUUGGCG